UCCGAGAUGUGCGUGACGGGGAAGACGUACGAGCAAGAAAUGGAUGGGAAAAGUACGUUCGAAUCUUAGCCCGCUCUGCCCCGUAAAUAGCGUUUUGUAACCCCCGUCACGUGAAAUCGAUAUCCCUUAAGAGCCGGUCCGUGAGGUCGUUCGUCAGACCGGUGUUGCCUGUUUCAUCCCCCGUGGAAGUGGAAGAGAGAGUGCGCGCUAGUCUGCGGGGAGUCUGCGGGUGGAGGUGGACAGGAACGGGGUUAGCUGAAUAAAAGAAGAUGCACCGGAAAAGGCCAACGUUCCUCACCGACAUGGGACUGCUAAUGUUCUUAGCGGUAACAGCCUCUCUGUUGGGUUACUGCCAAACGGACGAAAAAGUGUCGUUUUACGGGGCGAGCUACAUCCAUCUUCCAGUUCAAGAGGCCAAGGGUGCUACUGACAUCAGUUUCCGGUUCCGAACUCAUCUCGCCGAUGCUAUGCUGCUAUUGGCUGCUGGCAAGACGGAUUACUGCCUGAUCAAACUCGAAGCCGGCAGAUUGAAGGUUCACAUUAAUCUAGGCGCGGGUGAGAAUGAGAUGGCGAGUGCCCGCGGGUUGACACUGAACGACCUCAGUUGGCACGAGGUCAAUUUGACAAGACGCGAGGCCAACAUCAGCCUGCAGAUCGACGUGAUACACACGACGAGAUCUCAACUACCGGGUCGCUUUUUCGAGCUGAACAUACACUACGGCGUUUUCAUCGGCGGACAGGGCGACUUCAACGAGCUAUUUCUAGGUCAUACAGAUUAUCUGAGAGGAUGCAUGGCUGACAUAAUUUACAACGGCGCCAAAGUUAUAGAGUACGCUAGGUCGAGGAAGGGCCAGUCGGAGGCAACAGCCGUAACGUGGGGCUGUUCGCCGGAAUUCGACGCCACGAGGAGCACGGAAGUCAGCUUUGUCGAGGACGGCGCCUUCGUCGCCAUUCCGCGCCCCAUUCCGCGCUCCGGUUCGAGAUGGGAAUUCGAGAUGAAGACCGGCGCCGAUAGUGGCCUGUUGCUCUAUAACACGGGGCAAUCAUCUUACGCCGAUUACCUCGGCAUCGAGCUGUUCGAGGGUAAGAUUCGGCUAUUGAUGAAUAAAGGGAAUGGCCCGACCGAAUUGACACAUGGUACCUUGGUGGCUGACGGUAAAUGGCACAGCGUAAUUGUGGAUUUCAAUCCGAGCGGCCUUGGUAUCGCUGUUGAUCAUCACGAGAAAACAAUGGCUCUGCCGUCCGGCGGCAAUCGGUUCCUCGAUCUGGCGGACACAUUGUACAUCGGUGGCACGGAGUUGAAUAAACGCGCCCGAGCUUUGGGCAAGGGUCUUCGAUCCGGGGACGUUAGUUACAAAGGUUGCAUACGGAAUAUGGUCCUCGACAACAAGGACCUCGGUUUACCGGACGUCAAGGUCAGCCAGGGUAUUGUCGUGGGUUGCGUCUGGGGAUAUCCGUGUAUCGAGGCUGAUCCCUGCGUAUCCGGUGCAUCGUGCAUGCAACUGGGUGUCAACUCAUUCAGGUGCAACUGCGAUCAGUCGCUAUGCAUCAAGCCGAAUUACGCCGAGGACUACAAGAUGUACUCAAAUACCACCCUCCCUGUAAAUUUGGAAAUUCUCUCUUUGAGUCCUGUACUAGUUUCCGAAGGGGAAAAUGUGUUGGUAACGAGCAAAAACAUCGCGAUGGUAUUGGACAUCGCCAAAUACGGCUUGGAAGAAACUGAUGUCUCAUUUACCUUAGUGACACCACCAACUUACGGAACCUUGGCAUUAGAUCUCCUAACAUCCCGAAAUGAUCAUUCUUUCACGUUGCAAGACAUCAAUCAGGAUAAGAUACAGUAUAUGCAUGACGGUAGCGAAACCACAAAGGACAGCAUGAUUCUGGAAUUGACGUUGGUGGCCGAGACAGGCUAUACGCUUCCAGGAUACCUCCAAGGACGCCUCAGGUUCCCUCUUCAUGUUAAUGUCACUCCUGUCAAUGACCCCCCAUUACUCGAGAUACCGACUGCCAAAGUGCUGCGUCUGGCCCAAGGUACAAGAAAAACACUGACCAAGGAGUUAAUAUGGGCCAUAGAUGCUGACACUCCGUCGGAAAUGCUGAUUUAUACGGUUUUACGAGCAGAUACUGACGCGGGGCAUAUCGAGAAAGUUACUUAUCCAUUUCGACCUAUCGACACGUUCACACAAGCCGAAUUAAUGCAAGGUCUCAUUGCGUAUGUGCAUCGUGGAAACGCUAAACCGAAUGCAAUGUUGGGUUUACAAGUGAGCGAUGGCAUCGAGAGUAGUCAGCCAGCGUAUUUGCGCGUAUCGGCUUACCCGUUGCAAAUCAAGUUGACGCACAAUACUGGUCUCAUUGUGGUACAUCGUUCGUUCUCAUACUUGACACCAGCGAAUCUCUCGUUCGCCACAAAUUCGGACGACAACACCAUCGACAUUCGUUACGACGUCGUCUCGCCGCCACAAUUUGGUGUUUUGCAGAAAUUGAAGGACGUCUCUAGCAGUUGGGCAAACGUAGACCAUUUUACUAGUCGGGACGUGGAAUUGCACACCGUUCGUUACCUUCAUAACGUCGGCAGCCCUAAUCAGGACGAGUUUAAAUUCCAAGCAAGCGUGCGCGAAGUGAAGACUCAGCAGACCUACGACUUUCGCAUUACUUUCAUCGAUCUAGAGUUAAAGGAGACCAAAAGGGUACCUAUUAAUCUCACCAAUACAUCAAACAUCAUUAUCACGAGCAACCACUUGAAGUACCAGACGAAUCCGCUAGUUACAUCACUAAGCAAAAUUGUUUUUACUCUUAUAAUGGGACCAAAAUAUGGCAAUUUAUUUUUGUUCGACCGUAAACUCGUGGCGACUGAUACCUUCACUCAGGAAGACAUCGAGGCCAAUAGAUUGAGCUACCGUCUAUUCAGACGAUCCUAUUCCAAUAUCUUCGAUGAAAUAACAUUUAAAGUUAACGCACCUCAAUGCGUCGACAUACAUGCCAAUUUGAAAGUUCGAUAUUAUCUUGGCAAGAACAGCAAGUUGCUGGAAGGCGCGGAGAAUUUGAAAGUUGACGAAGGCUCGAAAGUACCUCUGAGAAUCACACAUGUGAAUCCAAAGGAAUACGGUGUGUCCUCUUUGAUGUACAAUCUCACAACAAAACCAAAUCAUGGUUGGCUCUCCAUUGCGAAUAGUUCAAUAUCACAAAAUAAAAAAAAUGUCUCAUUUUUUACGUUAGAAGAUGUAUUGAUGCAAAUAGUAUAUUAUGUGCACGAUGAUUCCGAGACUAAAGAAGAUUCUUUCGAAUUUGUAGCAAUGUCUAUGGACACGGAUUUUAUGUACGUCGGGAAAUUUCGAGUCGAGAUCAUUAUGAAAAAUGAUAAUCCGCCAGAGCGAACAAUCGAUAGAGUUUUUCAUGUUGUGUCGAAAGGCGAAAAAUUAAUAACCAAUAAGGAUCUCGCAUACAUGGAUAAGGACAUUGGUACUAGAGCGAGCGAACUUAUUUACACCAGGAGGGAUGCUCGAAAAAGUGGAUUGUAUAAAACAACUAAUCCCUCGGUACAAAUACGUGAAUUUUCGCAACAAGAUAUCAAUGACGGUAUGAUACUCUUUCGACAUCAAGGGGACGAACACGAGAAAAUUGAAUUCGGUAUCACCGAUGGUCACUUUUACAGGACUGGUGUUCUUCAAAUUCAAGCCAGCCCGCCAUACAUCAGGUUACGCGAGAAUAACGGUUCGGUCGUUCAAUUUAACAAGUCCGUUGUGCUCCAAUCGAAAGAAUUAGAGGUAGAAACGAAUGUGUAUGUUACAGAAAAGGACAUAAAAUACAAUGUGUGGGAGAAACCGAAACAUGGUAUAUUGAUGAAGUAUGGCAGAGAGUCAAAUAGUUUUACAGAGGAUGAUCUGAAGCACGGUAGCGUGUUAUAUAAGCACUUGGGUGGAUCCUUAACAAAAGACACUUUUAGAUUUAAAGUGUUCGUUAAGGGUGCAGAUGCCGAGGGUGUGUUCACAAUCAAAGUCUAUCCAGAGAGCUAUUGGGAAUCAUUGAUUAUACAAAAUAACAAGACGAUAUUUGUCGAGGAAGCUACUAGCAUUCUGUUGAAUCGGAAAAGCCUCGAAAUAAUGCAUCCCAAAAUAUCGCCAACCGAAAUUGUCUAUUUCAUACGAGAGUGGCCGCAGAAUGGCUACCUAGAUUUACAAAUCCAUGAUGAGCAUAGCGAGGAAGUGAGGGAAGAGUACAGUGGUAAUGCGGUGAAACAUUUCGAGCAGAGUCUGAUAAACGAUAAUCGCGUCUUCUACGUUCAAUCGAUUAUGAAUCAGACGAACGAUCGUUUUGUUGUAGACGUUACCAACGGUAUUACGUGGUUACGCGGACUAAGUGUGAACUUCGUGAUAGUGCCAGAGAAACUCUACGUCGAGGCGAAAAGCUUUACUGUAGUGGAAGGGAAAGACGUGAUACUAAGUGAAACGAACUUCUUGGUUGUGACGCCGUAUUACGCUGGUAAGGUAACGGAUUAUAGAAUAGUAGAGAAGCCAAAGCACGGUACGAUUCUCGAUUCCACGAAGAACACUCAGGUAAAAAAGUUUUCGCAAAAGCAUCUGAACGCUGGGGUUAUACUGUACAAGCACAACGGGGAUGAAUUUUUGAGCGAUUCCUUUAGAAUGAUAGUUACUGCUAGUGAUAAAAUGAGUGAGCCUUUUGAUGUAUCGAUUAUUGUUCAACCCGUUAAUGACGAGGUUCCUGUGUUAGUGAAUAGAACUAAACUAAAUGUUUGGCAAGGCGGUUCCGUUAUUUUGACAUCGACAAAUUUAGCAGCUAUAGACAAUGACACUGCCCCAUACGACAUAAUAUUCAACGUUACUGGAGUAAGAAAUGGAUACAUCUCAUUAAUCACUUCACCUGAUGUGGACAUUUAUAAUUUUACGCAGAGCCAAAUCAAUGAAUCACAAAUCGUAUUCACACAUACGAAUGGAUCUGAUGGUGAAUUCAAUUUCGUUUUAAAUGAUGGUGUACACACGACGAAAUCUUACACGAUUUUGGUCACCACAAAGCCAAUUCGUCUGAACAUUGGACACAAUAUGCCCCUUAAUGUCUUCCCCCUUACUAGAAAAUUAAUAUCAGACAAGCUCUUAUUAACGACGUGUUCUGACGAAGCGAGGGAGAUUAGGUACACUGUGCGAAAUGGGCCCCAUUUAGGUAAAGUUAUAAUGGAGACAAGUGAAGGGGUCUGGCUUGAGGUCGAGCGAUUUACUCAGAGAGAUAUAAACAAUAGCAAAGUAAUUUACGAGCACACCAAGCAGUUCAUGGACCUUACGGCCAAUGACUCUUUCAUAUUCGACAUCGAAACACACUUCGCUGGAACUUUAAUGAAUCAGGUUUUCCAAAUAGAUAUAUCAGUUUCGAGUGGAGGCUUAGAUAGGUAUAUUUCUAUGAAAAACGUAAGAGUCAUGGAGGGUAGCUCUGCAGAGGUCGUGAUGAAUAUAAGUGGCAUUGUGUCAUUUCUACAAAUUAACGCUGGCAUCCCGAAUCCGGCGGUAUUAUCAAGAUUGAUUCACCAACCUAGUCAUGGACACGUGAUGCUUCUGCCGGAUUUAAACGUGACCACUUUUACGCAACCGCAAAUCGAGGGUGGAAAAAUUGCUUACUAUCACGAUCACUCAGACACUCUAGAAGAUCGUAUUCAAUUCUCGUUAUACUUGACACCCGGUCACGUGUUACUUUGCAACACCAGUAUUCCCGUUGUAAUCGAGCCAAUCAACGAUCAGCCUUUCAAACUCAUUACCAACAACCCAUACAUUACGGUCGUGCAAAAUCAAAAUCAGACCAUCACCCGGGAGAACCUUUUAACCACCGAUCCUGAUACUCCACCGGAAGAAAUUAUAUACGACGUAAUUUCAGGACCGACCUUUGGUAGAUUAUUGCUUUUACCAUUCGAUCAAAACACUUCAGAAGUACGUCCUGUGGAAAAGUUUACCCAAUACGACGUGGAUUCUAAUCGAGUGGUGUACGAACACAAUGGAACGUUACAAACUGCUUCUUUCUACUUCAGAGUUUGGGAUGGUGCCUACAAUCCAAUUUAUACCGUCUUUAAUGUCCACAUUUUAGCUAUACGAUUAAAUGUGACUGUAUCCGGUCCUGUAAGCUUGCAGCAAGGUUCAAAUGUGGCACUUAUCUCGGAGAAUGAUGUCAAGCUUGAUACAAACGCACGUCAAGACCUGGUGGUUUAUGAGAUUACGACGCAUCCAAAACACGGAAUAUUGUAUGUACGGGACGGCGCUGCGGCAACGUUCAAGCAGACCGAUCUGCAGUCGAAAAGUGUAAUGUUUAUGCAAACUGAUAUGACAGUGUCGAACGACAGUUUGGAAUUAUCGGCGCGAUUAAGUGGCUUCGAGCAGAAGCACAUACGCGUAGAGAUCAAGGUCGUGCCUCUCAUGAUCAUGAACUCGCUGACAGCGUUGGCGGGCGAAAAGAAUCGAAUAACUCUACAAUAUUUGGACGCGACUCCUCUAGCAAAGUUAACGACAAGCAAUCCCCUUUAUACCAUUGUGAAAAAGCCAAAAUACGCAAAGAUCAAGAGGAUUAUCAGAAGUUCCUCGUCAUCCGGCGAGAAGAGAGGCGCGCGCGAACGAGAAGUCGCGCGUUUCUCGCACCAGGAAAUUAUCUCGGGGGUGAUACAUCUAGUAUGUAGAAAAAUACCAUCGAUAGACGGUGUCGCGGACAGCUUCAGUUUCAUCCUCGCGGCGUCUAUUUUUCAACCGGCAGUGGGAGAUUUCGAAUUCAACAUUAAGCUCGAUAUAGACGAUGACAAUAUCACUUUGGGCGGCCCAAUGGAUCCGGUCGGUCACGAAGGCGAGAUGGCGAUCGCACCGAACAUGAGCAACGAUUAUCUGCUAAUCCUCGGCAUGUUGCUUGGCGUGUUCCUUCUCGGCGUGGUUGUAAUUAUCACAAUCAGGUGUCGUCACAAUAAAUACAAGCAUGCCGAGGAGGAAAAACCGGAAACUACACCUGCUGUUGGGGUGAUGCCACUUCCCAGACCUCCGGAUCAUUUGAUGCCUACCACUCCACAUCUAAAGCCAUUCGGUAAUGAUCACAACAGCGUGACGGCCAGCACGCCUUUGCCAAUGUUACCCUCGACAUUACCUCAGUGUAAAGUGAUACCCUUGACCCCCCUGGAAAGCGGUUCGGAGGUCGACGUAUCCGCAAGAUAUCCCUAUGGCGUGGCGGACAGCGACGAAUGGAGUAGUUUCGACACUUCCGAUCUACCUUGUCAGUCGGCCACAACUCAAAGGACCAAGAAGAACCCUUUGUUGAGAAGGGAUCAAUACUGGGUCUAGCAGGAGAGAAACACGUUGCGGUUUACGCGAAGAAAGCCGUAGCGUAUCUUGAUGUGUUUCAUUAAAACUAUCGUGGAUAUCAUGGACUUAAUGUGCCUAAGAAAAAUGAAAUCUGCGAAAAAGUUUACAAUUGUUCAUUGAAGCCCGAGAUUAUCAUGUCAAACAUGUAUCGAAAAAUAGUGAAAUGACAUUCGAUGUUUUGGUGGAAAACUCAGUGAUCGUCGGCAUCCGAUCUCGAUGCAUUUAAUUUUAAUUGAAAAAAAGCAAAGGAAACUCUUAGAUUAUAGGAGAAACUUAUGGAUCGAAAAGGAUUGAUCGAUAAUUCGCGAUCCGGGAUAGUUCGCAGUGUCUCGUGUACUAUUAGCCUAAAACGAUAUAAACAGGAACUCUAGAUCUUUUUGAAUGUCACGACUAUCGCCGCUAUCACGAGCUCAAUGUGCCUAAGAAAUGUCUGACUCUGCUGACAUUCUUUCCAUUAAUUACACGUCGAUUUUUCGUAUGUCUACGUCCCCUCCUUCCGGCGGAUUGAAAUAAAUUCAAUUGUAAAGGCAGACCAAUUGUUCAUUAAAGCAAGACUUUUACGACAAAUUCAAUUCUGGUCUAAGCGAAAAGUUCGUCGGGAUACUGACUCGUUCUAGAGUGUAAAUUUUCAGAAAAAUUUUAUGUUCCUUUACCUCCUUCCAUUUUUACACCUUUUGUAAAUCUAGAAUAGUAAGAUCGUUAUAUAAAAGUGGCAUUUAUCGAUCCCCAUUAUCGUAAGUUCCACAUAAAAAAAGUAUUAAGACUAACAAAAGGAACUUUCGCUCUUAAGCUGUAAACAAAGGAAACAUCGAGUAAUCGGGAUAAUACAGGAACUGUGUGACACUGUAUUGUACAAUGAUUAAAUAUACACAAUGUAAUCGAGACUAUAUAUGUUCCUGUUACUUGUUACUUGCCAUCAAAGAACGCAAACGAAACGCAUUUAUAUAAACAGCUAUACUCGAGUUUCGACAUAUCUUUUUAUACCGUCGUAUUGUCAAACUCUUAUUUUCUUUUGAUAUAGAUCCCGCAUGCAAUCGUUUCAUCUUAUCCCUAUUUUGAUGUUGCUCAUAUUGCGUAAAUAAAUAUAAAUCGACAAUUAAUACUUGCCUGGCGAAAUGCAAAAAGAUCGAAUCGCUCUUUUCACGACAAUAUAACAUGUAUCUAUCUUUACGUAGCGACAUGCAUUGAAUUAUGAUUCUGC